GAAGAACGUAGGUUAGCAUAAACAGCUAGCGUAGCUGUAUGUGUUAUGAGGUCUUUGCUUGUCCAGAAUUAGCAGCCCACCAAGACAAAUUCAUCAAAGAAAUUUCGGUACCUGCGAACCCACCGGCUCCCGCUUUAGGUGUCACUUCCUGAAGGUCACGUUUCAUUUGGCACAGUAACGCUGUAGCACCGCUGGCAUCCCUGUGACCCGAGAAAAUAAUGUGCUGCAGCUGAAGAUGGGGGGUAGCGGCUCCAAAUCCAAAGGAUUUUGGCCUUUUUCUGGCUCAGGUAGUGUGGAUGAUCCAACCAAAGAUGGAAACGAGCAGUCACUGGCAAGAGUUCGAAGUUUCCCGGGCGCAACACCGUUUGUGUUUACCAGACGAAGCUCUCUGUUCUUUGAUGAAGACGGCGACUUGGCCCACGAGUUCUAUGAAGAGACAAUUGUGACAAAAAAUGGCCGUAAAAGAGCCAAGCUGAAAAGAAUUCAAAAGAACUUAACACCUCAGGGAAUUAUAAAGCUGGACCACCCGUGCAUCCAUGUAGAUUUCCCAGUCGUCCUCUGUGAAGCCUGACAAUGUCUGAGGAGCGUCUCAGACUCGCCACUGUGUCAACUCCGUCCUGUGGUUUCCCCUGCAGAUGGAAGCCCGAACCACCUUUUAAAAUAACAUGAUCUCUUGAUAUAUUUGAUGCCCUUAUGUGGACAGGCCGACGCAUUGUGUGCUGAGCCUCUGCAUGUGAUCUGUUUUUGGCUUGUGUGCUGUUAGACACAGAAUAGGUCACCAGUGGGGAUCUAGAGGGGUGCCACGCUGGCUCAACCUACUCCGUUUACAGAUCAUGGUUUGUGUGCAUGUCAGUGUGAAUGUGUGUGCAGACGUGGGAUGAAACAUGAACUUUUUGCUGCAGAUUGUUUUUCUGGUAUGAUUCGCUGAACUCGAGGAGUUGAAGGAGAAUGAAACCAGUUCUUCCCUCUGUCGUGGUCUCACCUGAAGCGGGAGAGUUGUCAGUGCACACUUUUGUUUCUUGACACCAUUAUGACUUGCUUUAUUAUGCAUGGAACAGGAUCUGCUUAUGAGUAAUAGCCUAGGGAGUUGACAAUCAGUGGCCCACCAACUCGUAAGUGGAUUAUCAAUGUCAUAUUACUAUCAUCAUCAUCAUCAUCGUUUUGGAAGGACUGGCUUCAGUGACCUCAGAGCCGCACAUGUACACAGCAGCAGUGAGUCUAAUAAGAGAUCCUGUUGUUUUCGUUGCUGCUUUGGCAUACUAUGUUUCACAUUUAAUUUAUUAUAACUGUUUUUUUAAUUACAACCGUGUCAUGUUCCUGUUUUAUAUCCAUACGUCCAACAGCAUAUUAAAGUGCAUUUACUUCAGAAGCCUUGAAUAUUCGCAAGGAAGGCAAACUUAUGGACAUAUUUCAUAAUUGUUGCUUAUAAAAGCUCCUGUAAAAACAAGUCUGGGUUUUACAUAUGCAGGUGAAAAGGCUGAAAUAGAACACAGUGGUCGUGUUUCGGCAAACUAAAGGUAGUGUACGACGAUGUUUUGAUAUGGCAGCCACAUCUGGACACAUCAGCGUGGUUGGGUCGAGGGAUUUUAACCUGCACGAUACAAAAUCAUCUCUAAAAAGUCGCCUUGAGGCAGCUUUGACUCAUGAUGUCGUUAGUGAAAUCUGCCGUCUGGCCCUGAUGGACACUAAACUUUGCUGAGUGAUUUUAAUAAAAGACAUUGUGAUGACAGUA